UCGUCUUUUUUUCUCUGCUUUCUUUCUCUCUUCUUCCGCCUCCUCUGUUUGGUCUCUUUAGCCACCAUUCCUUAUUCAGUUUCAAUGGCUUCUCUUUCGAAGCUGCUUCUUGAGCCGGGGCCGAUUUGUAUAAAAGCCUCCGAUAAAGCAGCUUUGCGUCGCACAUGCCGCUUGGCGCUUCGCAGUGUUUCGGCCGGCAGCUUCCGGAUUGAGGCCAAGGCGACUUGGAGCUCAGAUGGAGGCGGUCAUGUGAAUAUUAGCGUCAAGGAUUUUGAUGUUCCUAUUCUCUCGGGUACUCAGGUUGUGGAAAUGUUAAGAGUAUUUGAGCAAAAAAGAUCUAGAAAGCCAAGUAAUGUGGCCAUGUACUCAAGCAUCUUUGGUGGUAUUACGACAGACCUUGCUGCCAUGGUGGUUCCCUUGGAUGAUCACAUGGUCCAUAGAGGGCACGGUGUUUUUGACACUGCUGCUAUAAUGGAUGGAUAUCUCUAUGAAUUAGAUCAACAUAUCGAUCGUUUCUUACGGUCGUCUUCAAUGGCCAAAAUAAAUCUUCCAUUUGAUCGAUCACAACUAAGAAACAUCCUCAUACAAACCGUAAGCGCCUCGAAAUGUACGGAGGGAGCUUUAAGGUACUGGCUCUCUGCAGGUCCUGGUGAUUUCUACUUAUCUCCAUCCGGCUGUUUACAAUCUGCUCUAUAUGCAGUGGCAUAUGAAACACAUCUACCAGAGUUUAAGGGUUCCAAAGUAGUAACAUCAUCAAUCCCUAUAAAAUCACAACAAUUUGCCAUUAUGAAGAGUGUAAAUUACUUACCGAAUGUUCUUUCUAAAAUGGAAGCCGAAGAAAAUGGUGCCUUUGCAGGCAUUUGGCUCGACGAUGAAGGAUAUGUAGCUGAAGGUCCUAACAUGAAUGUUGCUUUUUUGACAGAAGAAAGAGAGUUGUUAAUGCCUGAAUUUUAUAAAAUUCUUAGUGGAUGCACUGCAAGAAGAGUGUUAGUCCUUGCAGAAAAGCUUGUGAAAGAGGGAAAGAUAAAAGGAGUUAGAGUAGGGAAAGUUACCGUCAAGGAAGGCAAGAUGGCGAAUGAAAUGAUGCUUAUUGGAAGUGGUAUUCUUGUGAAGCCAGUUGUUCAAUGGGAUGAACGGAUCAUUGGUGAUGGAAAGGAAGGUCCAGUGACUGAAGCUCUCUUCAAUCUGAUUGUAGAGGAUAUGAGAAGUGGUCCUCCUUCUGUUCGAGUUCCAGUUCCCUACUGAACCUUUGUGGCGAAGAUCAGUAUCUUUUGACCUGAAGAACUCAUUGUUAUAUAUGUUCAUCGAAUGUUAAAUCUUGGCAGGUCAUAAGAAACUUGUUAUUGUGUCGUCUUUAAUAUUGAUUGCAGAGAAGUGAAUCUUUUUUCAUUAGUUAAUAGCAGACUUGGUUUGCUUUGAUUCAUUUUUCAUUUUUGUUUUCUCCAUAAGAAUCACUGAAGACUUGGCAUUAAGGAUGUGAGUUUAGCUUGAAGGUCAGAGAUUUUGUGGAGACAGAUGAAUUUUUGGCUUGGUUCGAGCUCGAGCUCGAGCUCGUAUCGAACUCGAUGAACCAAACCUAACUUGGUUGAACUUGAAUUGAGCUGAGCCUGGAUCGGAUCGAACUUGUUCUUCAUUGGAUUGAGAUAUUUAUGGAUGUAUUUGUUGCUGCAUGUAUUCUAAGUAUUUAUGUGUAUAUUCAGAGUUGAAUUGUAGCAUGUCUAUCAAAGUAUUUAUAUUGGGCUUA